GUUGUCUGAAAGUUUCAGCGUGUAAGUGUAAGUAUUUAUAAAACUUCUCGAGUCGUGUAGAGUGAAGUUGAUACAUCAGUCAGAUUUCAGUCGAAGCAGAGAUAUGGCAGGACGUCCCUAUUACGGUUUCGGUGGGCCUCCACCGCCGCCGCCGGGCUCCUACCCCGUGCCUCCUCCCGGCCAGGGCUAUCCCCAUCCCCCCGCUUAUGGGUACCCCCCCGUAGCCUUCUACCCUGUGCACCCCGCCUACUUCUACCCCCCCUACCAACCCCCAACCAACAUAGAGCACGGCCCCACUAUCGUCGAUGACACUGCACCCAUGGUGCCCGAGUUGCCUGGUGAAACUGUAGAGCUGCCGUAUAGCACAUACCGUUGGGUCCCCGGCUGCAUCAGCCAGUGCAGCAUUCCCCCCGGAGCUCUCCGAGUGGGCUCGGACGCGGACGGGGCCGAGAUCUACGCCGGCCGCUGCCACCACGAGGGCGACAUCAUACCUGCCAAGGUCAUACCGUCGAAGAACGCCUGCUAUAUUUCUUAUGGAGGCGAGGAGGUCUUCAAAGACCAGUUUGAGCUGCUAGUCCCAGCCAUGUUCUCGUGGCAGUUCUCGACCAACGGCGCGGUGCCUCCUGGCGCGGUGGUGGCCGGCACCACGGCUGACGGGGAGACGCUGUACUACGGACGGGUCACGCACGAUGGCUGCACCACUCCUGGGAAGAUCCACCCGUCCCAUGAAACCUGCUACUACCCCUUCGACGGAGAAGAGAGGAGCUCUUCUGAAUACGAAGUCCUAGUUCUAAUGUCAUACAACUGGGUAUCAUUCAACGUGCGCACGGGCCGCCUACCCUCCGGGGCGCUCCGAGCCGGCAAGGACGCCGACGGCUCAGAGAUCUACGCGGGCAGAGCGACACACGAGGGAGACUGCCUACCCGCUAAGGUCAUCCCGUGCAAGAGUGCCGCGUACGUCUGUUACAGCGGCGAGGAGAUCGUUAAGGAAGACGUUGAGGUGCUGGUCCCCUGCAAGUUCACCUGGGAGCCCAGCAGCGGGGGCGUGGUGCCUGCGCAGGCAAUCCCCGCCGGCGCCACCGUCGCCGGAGAGACCCUGUACCUCGGCAGGACCACGCAUGAUGAUGGAGUUGUUACUGUUGGGAAGGUGCACCCGUCUCACGGCUGCCUCUACUACCCCUACGACGGACAGGAGCGGAGGGCAGAGGACGAGUCUCUAAUGCACAAUUUUAUAUCGAUUGGUAUACUUAAAAGCCUACCAAAGUACUUCAUAUUAUCUAUCGUUAUCACAUUAUCGGAAUCCAAAUUAGGUGCUGCACAGAUAAUCGUUCUCACAACUCUAUCAGUCGAACUGAAAUCUUUGUCAAAAAUGGCUGCCGCAUACGGAUGGGUUCCCUUCAACGUCUACUCGCGGGUUGCGUUCCCGCAAGGCGCGGUCUCAGCGGGCGUGGACGCGGACGGCUCCGAGAUCUACGUGGGGCGCGCCCAGCACGAGGGCGACCUGCUCACCGCCAAGGUCAUCCCCGCCAAGAGUGCUGCUUACGUGUCCUUCAACGGCGCUGAGGUGUUCAAGGACGAUGUGGAGCUCCUGGUAGCCGGCAUGUUAUCCUGGCAGCCGUGCGACAACGGCGCGGUGCCGCAGGGCGCCAUCAGUGCCGGCACCACCGCCGACGGGGAGACGCUGUACGUGGGCAGGGUGCUGCAUGAUGGCUGCAUCACGCCUGGGAAGGUUCACCAAUCGCACGGCUGCGUGUACUACCCGUUCAACGGAGAGGAAAUGAGCUCUAAGGAAUACGAAGUGCUCGUGUACACAUAAGACAUACAAUAAAAACAAAUGCUACCCGCA